UUCAUUUUACAGGACCAGCUCUUGCAUAGCGCGAUUUACGAAAUGUUCAGAUUGAUACCAUUUAAAAAUCACCUUUGUUAUUAUGGAAAUGGCUAUGAUGUGAUUGCAGACGCCUGUCGAGACAAAAGAUCCUUCUUAAGCUUUCUGGAGUCUAGGCAAUGGAGAAGUUUAAGGCGCAUCCCAUCUAACUUUUUCAAUUGCGACAUAUCGACCUAUCCCAUAUAUUAUUGGUUCGUCCUAAUAUUUAGUCUAUAUGGAACGCUCCAAGGUCUCAUCCGUUUCUCACGUGUGUUGUUCACCCAGGAGGUGCCUAUCAAGUGGGAAGACCUUCGAUUUUACGUAAUGACUCCUAGAGUCAUCAAAAGAUUCAGGAUAUUGAACGCCUUUAUAAAUAUUAAUAUCUGGGCGAUACUAUUUUACGCUGCUAUAUAUGUGUCUCCCAGUCACAUGUCACCCUGGUUGUGGGCUCAAAUGCUGAUAUUCGCUUCGAAACUGGCAGCGGCCACGAUGAAUACUCUUUCGGUUCGCCAUAAAGGUCAAGGAAUUCGGACGACAAUUUAUCUGAUUGUAUACAUGCUGGCCAUCUGGUUUGUUUAUCAGGCCAGGAGGUCGUUUAUUAUAGCCCUAAAACAGGAGACUCCAGAAAAGCUAAUGCUUUCUUUGACAUUCAUACAGCGGUUAUCAAAUUUUGCAAAAUAACUUUGUAAUGUAACAAUAAAAAUUGUUAAAAUCA